GUGUGAUCCUUCUGCAUUUGCUCCACCUUAAGCCCACUGGCUCUUGCUGCAGGAUUACUCUGAGCUGCCAGGAAGGAAGUUCCUUAAACUCCUCUGCUCUGGGAGCAGACUACUCACAAGCUCAAAAAUGGGCUGCAACACUGAGCCACGUCAGAAGGAGGUAUGAAAGCAAGAGAAAACAUGGAAAUGGAAAGAGCUGGAGACUUCCGAGCACUUCGAGCAAAAUUUCAGAAUGAUUCCAAUUUUUCCAGUGCACUGCUCCAGCCUGUAAAGAGCCUUCCUGCAGAAACACCCCCUCGGCAAAAUACCGAUGGCAGUCCCGCAUCCCAUCCCAAACCCAAACCAUUGUGCCGACGACAAAUUCCAGAUCCUGAGCAAAAGACAGCGCCCUUCAGUUAUUUAUCGCAGAAGUCUGAAAUAGUACAAAUCAAGCCUGUCGUGCUACCAAGGGCCCGGCUUCACGAAUUGCCUGAAGUCAGGAAGAAUGAAGAUAGAAAAAGCAAAGACAUUACGGAGACAGUUUGUGCAAGAGUUGUACUGGUGGAAGACUCACCAAAGCAACGUCCGGCAUCUUAUCAUUGCCUUCAAGACACUGCACUGGCAAGCAAUUCUUUCCGCAAUACUCUGAACAUCUGGGAAAGUGCUUUGUUGCAGAGUGACAAAAAGGGCUCCGAGACCCCUCCUCAGCGUUCCAACAGAACAACGUCUCUUCCCCAGCCCAAAACUGUGAACAUUGCUGUCACUCCAGAGGUUCCAGCAAAAGCAGCUGAAAAUGAGCAAGCAGUAGUGCUUUCUGCACCAAGCACCCCUUCUCACCUACAGGUCGAACCUGUUCCAUUUCCCACAGUCUCGCCACCUGUUCCACCAAGAAAUCAUGCAAGCUCAGAGACACUGGCCCACGGUGCCAUUAGAGUUGCUGAUUCCCCCCAAGACGCUCAUGACUUAGACAGGCCAAGCAAGACCUCACAAUGCUCAAAUGAAAGAUGGCAUGAGGUUGAAAAAAUCCCAAAGCCUAAACCACUUCCUUCUAUUAUUUCACUUGGUCCUCCUCCAAAGAAACCACCAAGGCCUCCGAACGUUGACCUUGGUCCCUUCCAGAAGAACAUUCCAGAUGCUGUGGAUGAUGCCUACAUGACUCCUGAAACUCCUGAAACAGAAGAACUAGGCACUUAUGAAGAAACAAUGUCCUACCUGAAGCUGCCAGAGAGUUCCACCAAUGAUGCUCAAGGAAUUACACAUUCUUCCAAGGCUGGGAAAAGUGAGAAUAUUGAGAAACAAAGUUUUCUUCUUGCCACACCUAGCUCUAAAACAGAGGACACAGAAGAAAGAGGACCGCCCUGGAAUCAUGAAACGACAAAACGCCAACAAGCUAAAGAAUCAGGCAAGAUUUGUGCCCCAGGAGCUAUGCUCGCUAAACCAAAAAUCACUGGAGAAUAUAGAGGUGAGAAGGGCAUACUUCAAGAGGAGACAACACCAUCUUUCCCUAGGGUACAGCUGGCAAAAGAUGGAAACGUUUCAGAUGAUUAUGUGUGCCUGGAAGCUUUGAAAACAGAUGAAGAGAAUUCAGGUCUGGCUCCAAGGACUCCCAAAGUGGUGCAAGUUCAUGAGGAAGUGUAUGAUGACGUGGAAGGAAUACAGAGGGAAUUUCAAACUUCUGAUGCCCACAGCUCACUGACUUCAGAGACCUUUUCAGAGUAUGCCUGUGAAGAAACCUAUGAGGAUGUUCGAAGUGAAGGCUAUAGUUCAACCAAGUCAGAUGAUGUCAAAGAAAAGCUAAAGGGACUUGGGAAAUUUUUCAAGAAAGGAAAAUUCAAAAUGAAGAAUUCACACUUAAAAGAGAAUUCGCGCAUUCUUUCCAGUUCUGCACCAAAUCUGGAUGUUAUGGCCCCAGAAAGCAUGGUGUAUGACAACAUCGACGCAGAACAAAAUGAUACAAAACCUUCCUCAAGAAAUUUCUUCAAAGUCAAGAAACAUGCUUUAGAGAAGAAUAGCAAGAUGACAAAAGAAGAAAAGCAGUUUAGAGAGAAGUUCAUGUAUGAUAAGGAGAUUGGGGUAAUCAAUACUGCAGUUGCACACUGCUCAAAUACUUUGACCAAAGGAAAACUUGACUUGAGGAUCACUGCAGGCGAGCAACUUGAAGUCAUUGAUAUUACGGAAGGGAACCAAUUGAUAUGUCGGAAUUCUGAAGGCAAAUAUGGAUUUGUGCUACUAGAACACUUGAAUUUCAGCAGACAUUAGUACUGUACAUCUGCAGCACAACUGUUUCCUAUGAAGUGAUGAUGUAUCGAUGGCAUCCACCGAAAAUAGGACCAGUAAGAAACUUCUUUGCGUGGGAAGAAAUAGAAUUGAGUUGUCGAUGGCAAACUGAAUGCUAAGCUUGAAUUCUUCAGUAGCUCACAGUUAACAGCUGCCACUUGCUUGAAUGAUAGACAAGGAGUUGCUUUCCAAUAUUGCAAGUUCAAAAUUGUUUUUCAAGUUCAUGCUGUGCCAUUUGUGUGACUUGAUAAUUUAGAUUCUAGCUAACUGCAGGGAUCCCAAGACCCUAGCGCACAUGGUUAAUGAACCUGCAUAUGUAUAGGAGGCUUUCGUUGGAUUUUGUUUCCAGCUCCCAUCCCCUCCUGAACAAGAGGAUUUUCAGUUAUGACAGAUGGAGAACAUGUAAAGUUCCUGUGCAUGUGCAGAAAUCACCUUGGUUCCUUGGAUCAUGGCCAGCAUAUUUACAAUUUUGUGUGUGCAACAGCUGGUCUGUGUGUGUGUUGUCAAUGAUGAAAAUGUAAGCCUUGGCAUUUGUCCUGUAUGCGCCUAUAUUAAGUCUGCAUCAAUCCCUGUACAUAUUAGAUGUGCUGUUGGCAUACUUGAAACAUUCCUUGUAGAUGUAAAUAAAAUGAAGUAUGAAUUGA